AUGGCUUCAACUCGGCCACUUGGAGAGGACAUCUCUGCACCUUCUACCCCAAUUGUGUCCUUUCUUGGCCCUAUUGCAUCUUAUACUCAUCAGGUACAUACACUCUUACAAUAUGAAAGACCUCCUUGGUCCAUUGGGCUGACUGAUCACGAUCUUGCUCAGGCAGCCCUCGCGAAUUUCGAAGCAGAUCAAUAUGAUUACGAGCCAGCGCAAACGAUAUCUGAUGUCUUUACGGCUGUACAAUCAGGUGAAGCCGCGCUGGGAGUUGUGCCAUUUGAAAACUCUACAAACGGUGCGGUGAUCUUCACGCUCGAACUCCUCGCAGAUCGACACAAUACAUACCCAGACAUCAACGUAUGCGGUGAAGCGUACCUUGACGUCAGUCAUUACCUUCUCGGCCACAAGCCAACCCAGCGAAAUACAUCGACUGAUUUCCAAGUCUCCGGGUCUUGCACGCCUACACUUUCGGCUCCAAGUCCCGUCCAACCACGAACGAAACCACUUUGCGAUCUCAAGCAUGUCGAGCGUCUCUACACACAUCCGCAGGCGUGGGGACAAUGCGAAAUCUUCCUCGGCACAUACUUGAAGGGCAUUGAACGUAUCGAUGUCAGCUCUACCAGUCGCGCUGCGGAAAUGGUGAAAGAAGAUACAUCCGGGACGAGUGCUGCCAUCGCAAGUAGUCUUGCUGCCGAGAUUCAUGGUCUCGAUGUCCUUGCAAAGGGAAUAGAAGACCGUCCAGAUAACACCACACGCUUUCUCAUCAUACGCAAAGGGGUUGACGACAAAGCCAAAAUGUCGCACGCGAAAUCGAAAUCUCUCAUCUCGUUUUCGGUUGAUCAUAGAUCUCCAGGUUCUUUGGCGCAGGUGUUGGAGAGCUUCAGGAAAUAUGCAUUAAAUCUUACGAGUAUUAAUAGUAGACCGACGAAGGUGACUCCGUUUCAAUAUAUAUUCUUCGUGGAAUUCGAGGGAAGCAAGUUGUCCGAUCCGGAGGGCAAGGUUAAGGGCGCGUUGGAAAACGUAGAGAAACAUGUACAGUAUUGGAGAUGGUUAGGAAGUUGGGAAGAUAAACUCGAGAGGGAAAAGUAA